AUUUCCACAGAAGCCCCUUCCUCUUCCACCGCCCUCUGUUGUAAAGUAGGAAGAUGAAAACAAGUUUCAGAACUCGGGAAGCUUAGAACCCUCAAAUCUCCGACCCAAUCUGAUCUCUCACUGCUCCUCCCGCUGCAUUGAUUCAUCAAUCAGGAGAAGAAUCGAGUUAUGUCGGCGCUGUUCAAUUUCCAUUCGUUCUUGACGGUGGUGCUGCUGGUGAUCUGCACCUGCUCCUACAUCAAGAUGCAGUUCCCUGCCAUCCUUGAGCAUCGAACUGGGUUUCGUGGCUUCUUCUGGAAGGCAGCUAGAAUAGGUGAGAGAUUAAGUCCAUGGGUGGCCUUCGGAUGCUUUGCUAUGGGUGCAUCUAUGAUCUUUUCCUCAUUUUGAGUUGAUCCGGUUUGCUGCUGAUGUACCCAUCCCAGAUCAAGUGCCUUGUUUUGACUGUUAUUCAGCCUGGUCCUCAGAAUGUAAUUGGGAUUUUUUUUCUUGUUCAUUGUUGGUGUUUGAUUCCUCUUUGCUUAUUGUUUUGGUAGGGCAAAGUACAUCCCAUCCUUAAGCACUGUAAUGUUAGAAAAUUGGCAGCAAAUAUUAAUGAUAUUUUUGUGAAUUACUUGAUCACCAA